GAAGUUGUGGGGAAUGAGAAUAGUUAAUGUAAUAGCUCAACAGUUUCUAGUAGCUCUAUUAAGUAGAAAAUAAUCAGUACCAUUGUCUUUGAUAUUUUGUGAAUGGAAAUAGUGUUAUAUCUCCCAUGAAUGUCAACAGUUUUGAAUCGGUAUUCAGAAGGCAGUUUGAACACUUUGUCAUACCAAACUUAUCAUAUUUUAUUAGCUGCUGAAUAUAUUGAGUUCCAGAUACUUAAUUCUGGUAGUGAGGAGCAUCUAGGGCUGUGAUGUGGGGGAGAAUGGCUAACAAAACUUUAGAAAGAUCUGGGGAAAACAUUUAUAGAAAACUCUAAAAUCCUGGUGAAUAGCCGCAAAGGAAAGAACCAAGGAAAGAGAUCACUGGGAUGCAUAAAGGUAUUGAAUAUAAGAUUGUAAUUUAAGUUAAUGACGGGAAAAGCCCUAUUCAGUGAUCCAGUUCAUAUCCAAGCAAACACAGGAUUUAGUCUAAGGGGAGCCCGACUUCACCACUAGAGAGUAUAAUUGAUUUCAGUCUUCAUUCUGAACUCAGCAGCUCAACUCUGUCUCGGCGGGGAGAGAAAUCACAGCGUAGCAAACACUGAGCGCAAGUCACCUUGGCCGGGACAUUAUGGGCUCAGCAAGCAGGUGUGAGCAGCACCACGCAGCGGGCAGGCUUCUUGUGUAAGGUGGCUUCCCAUCCCCGCUGUGGAUCGUCGCCCGCUGCUCAUUCUGCAGGGAGGAUGGAGUCGCCGGCUUGAAAAGCCUCUCCCCGUCCCUUCCUGGGGACCGCGCCGGAGCGGAUAAAACCUCCUGGUGCAGACCAGCGUGGGGUGGGCUCGUGGCGAUGGUGGCUGCCCGCUGAGCGGGCCCGGGGGCCCUUGUUCCCGGCCGGGCUGAGCUGAACACUUGGGGGAAAGUUACCUGUUUCGCCUGUGCCCUGGGAGCUGCUCCGCCGCUCCGCUCGCUCGGAGGCUUCGCCACUGAGUCACCAUUACCUCGCCCAGCAAGGAGGAGCUGGUCGCGCUCGCUGCCCGGCUCUGGCACCGGAGGAAGCGGCUGCUGGCCGCGGCCGGGCUGGCCCUCGCCAUGGGACUCGCGCUGCUCAUCGCCGUCCCGCUGCUGCUGCAGGCGGCCCCCGAGAGCGCGGCGCACUACGAGAUGAUGGGCACCUGCCGCAUGAUCUGCGACCCCUAUAGCAGCGCCAGCGCCCGGGCCGGCGGCCCCAGCAGCGCGGCCGCCGUGGAGGCGCUGCAGGACCUGAGCGCCAACCCCCCGCCGCCCUUCCUCCCGGGACCCAAGGGGGAGCCCGGCCGGCCGGGCAAGCCGGGGCCCCGGGGCCCGCCAGGGGAGCCGGGGCCCCCCGGUCCCAGGGGGCCGCCCGGAGAGCGGGGAGACUCGGGCAAGCCGGGGCUGCCGGGGCUGGCGGUGGCCGGGGCCGGCGCCCCCGGGGCUGCAGGGGGCGGCGGCCCCGGGGCGGGCGCCGCCGGGGAGGUGAGCGGGGCGCUGAGCGCGGCCUUCAGCGGCCCCCGGAUCGCCUUCUACGUGGGGCUGAAGAGCCCCCACGAGGGCUACGAGGUGCUCAAGUUCGACGACGUGGUGACCAACCUGGGCAACCACUACGAGCCGGCCACGGGCAAGUUCAGCUGCCAGGUGCGGGGCAUCUACUUCUUCACCUACCACAUCCUCAUGCGCGGCGGGGACGGCACCAGCAUGUGGGCGGAUCUCUGCAAGAACGGCCAGGUGCGGGCCAGUGCCAUUGCGCAGGACGCCGAUCAGAACUACGACUAUGCCAGCAACAGCGCGGUGCUGCACCUGGAGUCGGGGGACGAGGUGUACGUCAAGCUGGACGGCGGCAAAGCACACGGCGGCAACAACAAUAAGUACAGCACUUUCUCUGGCUUUCUUUUAUACCCCGAUUAAAAGGGGGGCCGGUUGCAUUGUACCCACCUCCCCCGCCACUGUCUCUACGGGUCAGUUUCGCGUCCUUCUCCAUUUGUACAUCUGAUCGGUGGACACAAAACAAGCGAGCCCCCACCCCAGCCCUUGGUGUAUCUCUGUCCUUGUGUUUGUUACACAAUGAGAUCAGCUGCUUGAAACUGACCAGCACCUUGGUUCCAUGAGUGUAUAAAAGAUUCCAGGGUAAACCUGUCACACUACGUUAGAACUGCUCAGUCUUGGCACAUUUUGCUUUAUUACUAUCAUCUUGAUUGAUUGAUUGAUUGAUCUGAAGAGUGGGACUGAAUUAUAACAUGCAUUGGUUCUUCGUACGCCGUUUGUUUGUUUGUAUGGGGUCAAGUGUAACUUUCUUCUUUCCUUUUCCAUGCAAUGCAAUACUCGUGUGAAUGAUGAUGUAGUGAACGUCAAGUCUCUGUUCCUGUCUGGCAAACAAUCUAACCACCACCACCAAAAAAAUCAUAUUAAAUUAUGUUUUUAGACAA